UGAACUCCGUGAACAUUUUAUUUCGAUUUUCUUAAGAAUUACACAAUAAGGGGGCAAAAAAGGGACAAAAAGUCACUUAUAUAAUAUCUUUAAAAACUAGAUACAAUCUUUUUCAAUUUGCAAAGAUGUCAUUUAAUAUUAUUUUUAUAUAAAAGAACUCCUAAUGUUAUAAUUUAUUUGGUUAUAAUUACACGCUGUCACAUUAGUCAAAACUAAUAUGAUUGGCGCGUUUAUAAAUAUAAAAAUAAAGGAAAUAUACCAAAAAUGUAGUACAAUAUUAUUAUAGUACGGUUGGUAACCCUUUUUUUUGUUAACGCAUAGGAAAUGCACCUUAAGCCUUAAACCAGGGCUCCUCUUCCACCCCGCCCUUAAAAGGGAAGGUAAGUGUGGAAGCCCUACCUGGUAAAACCCGCUGCGGUUCACCUCACGCGAAUGGAUGAGUCCGGUGUCCAGCAAGGAGGGCCCGGACUCACGGUUGGUAACCCUAGUCCCGCUAUUCUCCACGAGAAAGUUGCCCCAGCCCCGGGAGGGGAGGAGUGGGAGAUGUAUGGGCGCAUUGUCAAGUUUUUGCCCCGGUCGAAAAAAGAAAUCGUAGAUCUGGGCUUGGAUACAAGAUGGAAAUACGUAUUCUCAUACGCCGAUCGUUACCACCCCGAUGUGAAGGUGCCAGAAAAGCUGGGACAUACGCGUACUGGUGUCGGUCCAACUGCUGCAGAGAAAACGGCCCAGCACUGGUAUAACGAAGCUCGCAAUGCAAUUAACAAACGACAGGCGCGGUUGCAAGACCACAAGGUCGCUCGCAAUACUAUUAUGUUCCUAGGAGAUGGUAUGUCUGUUCCGACGUUGGCCGCCGCGCGUACUCUAUUGGGUCAACGCCAAGGUCUUGCUGGUGAAGAAGCUGAGCUUUCCUUCGAGUCUUUUCCCACCGUCGGGCUUGCUAAGACAUACUGCGUUGAUCAUCAAAUAGCCGACUCGGCAUGUACUGCGACCGCGUAUUUGUGUGGCGUGAAAAAUAAUUAUGGCACAUUGGGUGUGACAGGGGCAGUGCCCCGUUAUGACUGUCCUGCCUCAGAGAAUACUAACAACCACUUGGAGUCAAUGGCCGCGUGGGCUCUAAAGAGUGGCAAAGAUGUUGGUAUUGUGACUACGACCCGCAUAACACACGCGUCUCCCUCUGGCGCCUAUGCCAGGAUCGCUGAUCGUAAUUGGGAGCACGAUGGGCAAGUGCGCGCGGCAGGUUAUGACCCCACUCGCUGCCCGGACAUAGCACAUCAGCUCAUACACACGGAACCUGGCAAAUCUUUUAAGGUUAUAUUGGGAGGUGGAAGAAGAAAUUUCCUUCCGAAUAUAACAGACGAAGAAGGGAUGUUAGGAUUAAGGACAGACGAGAGAAACCUUAUUGAAGAAUGGCUAAAUGAUAAAAAUGAACGUAAUCUAAAUGGUGAAUAUAUAUGGAACAGAGAGCAGCUUAUGGCACAUAUGGAAUCACCACCUGAAUAUCUGCUGGGACUAUUUGAAAGCGACCAUCUCCAGUAUAACUUGGAAGCUGAUACCACAACUGAGCCUACACUCGCCGAGCUGACGGAGAUAGCGAUCCGAUCUUUGAAUAGAAACGAGAAAGGAUUUUUCUUGUUCGUAGAAGGUGGGCGUAUUGAUCACGCGCAUCAUGAAAACUAUGUGCAUUUGGCGCUGGACGAGACUAUAGAGUUGAGCAAAGCUGUAGAACGCAGCAUGGAAAUGCUUCCUGAAGAUGAUACAUUGAUAGUGGUCACCGCGGAUCAUGCACAUGUCAUGGCCUUUAAUGGUUACACACAACGUGGUGGAGAUAUUAUUGGACCCUCCGACCAGGUAGAUUCAAAUGGAAUUCGCUAUAAGACAAUAUCAUAUACCAACGGACCUGGUGCUCGCGAGCAAACCGAUGGAGUACGUCCAGAUGUUUUCGAUGAACAUAAUGUUGGUGACACACGUUGGCGUGCCCACGCAGACGUACCUCUUUAUUCGGAGACGCAUGGUGGGGAUGAUGUGGCAGUAUUCGCGCGUGGACCGCAUCACCACAUGUUCUCGGGACUGUAUGAACAGAGCCAGAUACCACACCUGAUGGCAUAUGCUGGCUGCUUCGACAUAGUCUCUGAAACUCAUCCACAUUGCAACACUGCUCACACUUUACGGUCACCGCUGCUAAUCGUUUUAUUACUGGCGGCGGCAUCUCUUGCACGUACUAUGUUUAGAUGAAUAUAAGUAAAUUAUUUUAUAAUACCUAUACUCUUUUAUUUUACGCUCCUAUUAAGUUAAUGAUAUG